AUGUGUGGAAAUGACCAGUACACUACAAAGAAACACAAUGCUCAUGCAAAAGAAGAAAAUAAAGUGGCUAGAGCCAAAAGCAAUGACAUGGAAUUUGUUUAUUCCUGUCUUAUGGAAAUUCAUAAACAUAAAACUGUUGUUUCCAAAAAGCAGACAGAGGAAGACAAUUUAACCAAAAAUAUUAAUGCAGACUCUGAUAACUACAAUGUUCAGGAUACAGCAGUGUGCAAAAAAGCAAGUUACACUAGAAAGGAAGAUGAUACGGAAAGUCUUUUACAUUUACCCAAGGAAGAUGGAAUCACUUCAAGAAAAUCUCAAAAGGAGAAAGGAGCUACUACUAAAAAAUGCAAAAAAGGAAGUUUAAGGGUUAGCCCUAGGAUUCAAGCAAUGCAAGCUUUGAAACUUGCUCUCCAUCAGGAACAAAAUCAGAGUUCUGGCACCAAAAAUGUUGCAGAAGACAUUUGCAAGAAACUUUCUUUGCCAUCCAAGGACGUAUGUAUUUCUGAUAAGGAACAGAGUACAGCAUCAAACAUUGAGUACAAAAGUCAACCAGAGACCAUAGGAGUUUUGUCUAAUCCAUUUCAGGCUAUCAAUAAAUUACUUGGCAACACAGUGAAAGAUUCCUGUUUGGAAAAUUUAAACAUUAGCAACACAGUGAAAAAUUCCUGCAUGGAAAAUUUAAACAUUGGCAACAUAGUAGCAAGUUCAGAAAUUGUUAAUGUUCAGAACACCCAAAGACCACCUACUCUCCAAGCAUCCCACAGUGAAAUGGAAGCCGAGCAAGAAAAACUAGUCAACAGUGAAGGUGUUACAGAGAGGUCUAAAUCUAAGCCAUGUAGCUCCAAUUCUAAAUCUCCAAGAAAGAAGCACUUCAUUGAACCGCAGUGUCUGAGAAGAAGCCCCAGGAAGCGGAAAAACAGUACUCACUCCUUGGAUCUUUAUGAAGACUUCCUAGUCACAAAAAAUGAAGAGAAGAAAGAGAAAGCUUUGUCUGCCAAGCAGUCAGAGAUUGCAGCUAUUCAAGCAAAGUUAGCUGAAAUGGAAACAAGAUGUAAAGCAUUAGAUGAAGACAACAAAACUCUUCUCACGAACAUGUCAUCUCUGUGGAAGACUGCUAUGGCACAGAUUCAGGAAAAAUGUAAUAAAAUUCAUCAGCUGGAGAGAGAGUAA